UCGGCGUUAAAUCCUUCAUUUACGCAUUUUUACUUAUUCGCAUAUCGUGUGAAAAAACGAAAAUGUAUUAUUUGCGUCAGACUCGUUUCAGUGAACUUUAAAGCUUCUCAGGCUUAGCUUAGCUUGCUAGUUAGCUUAGCCUGCGCGCUACUAAGAAAGAGACGCGGAAGUUAUCAACAACAAGAUCAAGUGUUAGUGUAUAAAAUAUUGAGAGAUUUGAGGGCUACAUGUAUUGAAUGGCAACAUGAAAAUUAUAGGGUUUAUUGGUUUUUAAAAACCCAACUGUUAAGUGCAAAUUUAAACGAAACCGGUUUUCGAAAAUAGCUAGCUAGGCUAUAGACUAUAUAGUAUAUUACUUACUUAACUUAAUCCUCUUCUUCCCGGAUGGGAAAUAAGGCUUCGACGACUCGACGCCAUUCAUCUCGCUGCUGUGCCUCGCCCCAUUCAACAUGGGGCGCAUCUUCCUGGACCACAUCGGUGGAACGCGCCUGUUCUCCUGUGCCAACUGUGACACCAUCCUGACCAACCGCUCCGAGCUCAUUUCCACGCGAUUCACGGGCGCCACGGGUAGAGCUUUCCUCUUUAACAAGGUGGUCAACCUGCAGUACAGCGAGGUCCAGGACCGCGUGAUGCUGACCGGCAGACACAUGGUGAGAGACGUCAGCUGCAAGAACUGCAACAGCAAGCUGGGCUGGAUCUACGAGUUCGCCACCGAGGACAGCCAGCGCUACAAGGAGGGCCGCGUCAUCCUGGAGAGGGCGCUGGUCCGCGAGAGCGAGGGCUUCGAGGAGCACGUUCCCUCCGACAACUCGUGAGCUUACCUCCACAUGCCGUCGGCAGACUUAGUGACGUUAUUGCUAAAAGUACUUCCUGGUUCGCACAACUUAAUACCCCAACCUAGGACACAAAUACGAGGACAUUUCACAAAAGUCAACUACGGUGGACAAUUCUUUGAAUUAGUCAUGCUAGCAUCAGCUAGGCACAAUGAAAUUGAAGAUGUAUUAUUUAAUUGGUCAUAUUGUACUGAGCAGACAAAUCUAUGGCUAUCGUCACACUUUUCCUCUUUGGCCAUUAUUGGUAUCCAUCUGUUGGGGCGUCACAAGAAAGCCAGAGAAAAACUAAAGCGCUUUAUACUGAGUUCUAAAGUGACUCGACUUUUGAGGCAUUCCCCCCUGCUUCCUCCCCUCCCUGUACAUUUUGGUAUAGAACUACAAAUUGUACGCUUCCUACACGCAUUUCGCAUGAAGAAACAUGAAAUGUCAGUUAAUGAAUGGCAGGGUACUUCAUAUGAAAUUUUCCAUAAACGUAUUCUGAGCUGCCUCCUGCUCCGUUACUGGUAAAAAAAAAUAUGACAGCGAUAAUCCAAUCACGUCAACACCUCCCCUCGUGAUACGCAGUGUUAAUGCAACAUGUUACCGUAUUUUCCGCACUAUAAGGCGCACCUUCAAUGAAUGGCCUAUUUUAAAACUGUGUUCAUAUAUAAGGCGCACCGCAUUAUAAGGUGCGUAGAAUAGACGCUACAAUAGAGGCUGGGGAUGCGAGACCUGUUGUCGCUCAAUAUUGGUCCGUAUAUAAGGCGCGCCGGAUUAUAAGGCGCACUGUCAGCUUUUGAGAAAAAUUGGAGGUUUUUAGGUGCGCCUUAUAGUGCGGAAAAUACGGUAUAUCCCGUUUUCAUCUACUAGUUUUCCAUAGCGUUUCUGCUCGAAAGGAUUCUUCAUUGGUCGCUCCAAGCAACGUUUGUAAGUUUUACAAUAUAACUAAAACAAUCCAUACUUACUAAACAGUCCCAUGUGUGAUGUCUGUCGGAGUGCUGUCAUGCAUAUUUGUACGUGCUAUCGUAACAUAAUCAAGCUAGUGUCGUUAGCAUUAGCUAAUAUGCUAACACGUUUACAAGUUUUUAACUUACAUUGUUUCAAUAUCGUAAAUUUACCAAAAAGUCUUUGUGGCGUUACUGGGUCUGUUUAAUGUUAAAGUUAAAGUCCCAAUGAUUGUCACACACACACACUAGGUGUGGUGAAAUUUGUCCUCUGCAUUUGACCCAUCCCCUUGUUCACCCCCCUGGGAGGUGAGGGGAGCAGUGGGCAGCAGCGGUGGCCCCGCCCGGGAAUCAUUUUUGGUGAUUUAACCCCCAAUUCCAACCCUUGAUGCUGAGUGCCAUUGGAAAACUAGCUUCCGCAGCUAGUGGGUCCAUGACGAUGACUUCUGUGUGACAGGCACCGUUUGGAAACAAGUAAGGUACAUUUACAAAAUAUAUGUAUACAUUUAUUCCUUCUGAAAUUUGGUGGGUGCUCUCUAUUGCCCGCAAAAUAAGAUAGUAAUUUAGAAGCAAGCUCGCUAUUGAGGAAGCUACAGUGAUUUGACCAUAAUAUUGAAAUAUCAUUUAUAUCAGGGGUGUCAAACUCAUUUUAGAUCGGGGACCACAUGGAGAAAAAUCUACUGCCAAGUGGGCCGGACUAGUAAAAUCAUGGCACGAUAACUUAAAAACAAAGACAACUUCAGAUUGUUUUCUUUGUUUAAAAAUAGAACAAGCACAUUCUGAAAAUGUACAAAUCAUAAUGUUGCUGUUUUUUUUACACUUAUAUGUUAAGUUAAUAAUAGUAUUCUACCUUUUAAUUGUCAUUAUUUAUACUUUCUGAAUAAAUUAUCUGAUAAUGUUCAUCAGUCAACUCA